AUGUUUGGGCCUCUGGAGCUCAUUCGGCCCGGAAGACGCACCUCCGCCGACGACAUUCGCGAAACAACCGCUAUACGUACUCGAGCCGCUAUGAACAGAGUCGCCGAUUUUCCUUCAAGAGGCCCUUUUUCUGUUGCUAGCGAUAGACAGCGAAAUAUCCCCGUGCUCAAUUCGUCGGCACCGGCAGCUGAUGCCAAUCGCGGUGAUCCGAUGGAUCUGACAGCGGCCGCGCCGGAUGGCGAUUCCAGCAUGCACAAUACCAACGGAGACAACCAAAGUCACUUGAAUGCCUCGGGUGGUCAAACUAUAGGAGCUGCUGCUGCCGCGCAACAACCAAAGGUCGUCCAGACGGCGUUUAUACACAAGCUAUACAACAUGCUCGAGGAUCAAAGCAUUCAACAUCUGAUUUCCUGGUCCAACUCGAAUGAAAGCUUCGUCAUGUCUCCGACCUCCGAAUUUUCCAAAGUUCUCGCACAAUACUUCAAACACACGAAUAUUUCGUCCUUUGUACGGCAAUUGAACAUGUACGGUUUUCACAAAGUAAGCGAUGUCUUUCAUACAAGCUCCCCUGACUCAGCGCUUUGGGAAUUCAAACACGGCAACGGAAACUUCAAAAGAGGCGACUUGCUGUCUCUCCUCGGCGGUAUGGAUCUAUUGGUGGAGGGCAUUCUUCGCCAGGUUAUAGUCGUCCGCCGCUUCCUCCUCAACAUCAGCAACCUCCACUACCUCCGCCUUUGUCGGCAGUCACAUCGCCGUCAGAUUCGGCAAUGCUCGCGCGUCGACAUACGUCUGCAGAUAUUCGUCAACACGGGUGGCCACCAAGCGGAAUACAAACUGCAGGAAACUCAUCUGGACCAUGGCCAUCAUCGCCGCAUCGACUUCCGUCGACUAGUGAGCAACAAGUCCGUGAUGUUUUGGCGCAGUAUGAAAUUACAGGGUCAAGGCGACGAACCCAACUAUCACGACAAGCAACACCACCUUUGGGGGCCCCCGAUCAGCCGGGAGCACCGCCGUUUUCUGCGUCCGCUUCGCAGCAACAUCUCACCGUGGAUCCGACAUGGUCGGCCGGAAGCAGUAACGGGGGACCUCGAUUUCCGCGGUACGACAAUUCACUACCAGCGACGCGUCGAUCCAGUAUGGCGAGCAAUGUGCACUCCUUGCUCAAUCCAACGGACACUAGCGAACGGCCAGAAGAAGACGACCAAAUUCUCGAAGAUCGCAAGCGAAAACGGCUUCAAUAAUCUCUUUUCUCUAUCACAUCCACAUUUUGCAUCACAGUAG